AAUUACUGCAGGGCAGUUGGUCAGUGGUUCACAGCAUUUAGUCACACAACAUUUUCUACCUCUGAUGACUAAACACAUUCAUUUCCAGGAACUUGGAGAACACGGCAAAGGCAAAGACUUCAUUAGCCUCGGGCUACAAAAUGGACACCUUGUUUUCAGUUACCAGUUGGGCAGCGGAGAAGCAGAGAUUUUGUCCCAGAAGUCCAUCAAUGAUGGGAGAUGGCAUAAAAUCACAGCCGUCAGAACUGGAAAAGAUGGAUACAUCCAGAUUGAUGGAGGAGCCGCACAACAUGGACAGUCUAGAGGCAGAAGCCUCAUGGUCAACACCAAAGGCAGCAUAUACCUGGGAGGAGCCCCAGACAUGGCUGCUAUGACAGGAGGGAAGUUUUUGUCGGGAAUGACGGGCUGCAUGAGGAACCUGACACUGAUGAACGCCCGGCCAGGACAGCAGCCAGCCCAAGCCAUUGACCUGCAAGCCCAUGCAGCCCAUGGCAUCAACGUGCAACCAUGCUCUUCUUAGAUUGCAGCACACAGACAAACACACACAUAAACACAAACGCAGAGACUAUGGAGUGAUGCCACACACACACACACACACACACACACACACAGCAGACUCACACAGAGAGACUUACACACAAAGAGGCUGACACAAACUUGGUGCUUUGCUGCUACCAAAAAAAAAAUCAAGAUGACACAACAAGAUAUGUUUCUCUGUGUGCAGUAAAACCAAAAAAGAGAGAAAAAAUUAAACUAUGUUAACAAGUCUUCUCUUCCUCAGUGUUGUAUUCUCAAUGAAGGACUAUUAACACAGGAGAACCAGUACAGUUUACAUACUUCCAGCAGUAGUUUUAGCCAUGAGAGGCGUAAAAGUAAAACAUAUUAGGCCUUCUACGAUGGGUCAGAUCCUAUGGAGUUGGAGAUGUUUUUACAGCACUGAAUUUUUAUUUAUAUACAUAUGAAUAUAUAUAUAUUAUAUUUGUGGGGGAAAACAUGCAAACUAACCAUAACUGCUCUUUAACUUUCCUAGAGUUUAUUCUGGGUUCUAAUACUGUGUGUCCAGGGCUUUUUUAGGCCUAACUGUAUUAAUACUUGAAGAUAUUUAGGCCUUCUCUCUUCACUUCUGUAGAGGAACCUCUUUUUUUGACACGCGAGCAUGCUUACAGUCUUUUGCAAAUUGUUGGGAGAGGAGCGCACACGGUCACAGUCACAUGCAGCUUCAGUACACAACUCAGGUCGUUAAAUACAAAUUAGCAACCGCAAACGUUACAUUUACUGUCGCUUUAACACGGCUGCUUUGCAAGUCAUUCACAGCGCUGUUGUGUCUUCUGUCUGUUUUUUAUUUUAUUCUUUUUUAUGAAAAAGAAAGAAACCUUGGUGCUAUUGUCAGACAUGAAGAUACAGCACAUAGUCAUAUGGUUUCCUGUCUCUCACAUGUAGAAGUGUUUUUUGUGUGUGAUUUGGUUACUUAGAUAAAGAAACAGUCUAAAAAGGUUUACGGUAGUGUAACAUUUGUUGAUAUGCAUGGCAUUUGAGGUUGACUUUACUAUAAUAUGGCAUGAUUUGUUGCCUCCACAGCCUUAUUUGAUUGAGUAGAUCUCAAAAAACUGCUUUAAAGAGUUGAAAAGGGUGUCAUUUUUUAUGUGUGGUUGUUGAAGAUAUUGUUUUAUGUGUAAAACUAUCUGCCAGUCAGGUAGAUAUCGCUAUUAAUUGAGAAUGAGUGUGUCUGCUAGUACAUGUGUGGUUGUGUAUGUAUCAGCCUCUCACAGGUCACUCUACUUUAGCCCUAGUAUGGAGUCAGGUGUGUGUUUAUGUGUGUGCACGUGCAUGUGUCAUUAUCCAUAUCCUCAGGAGGGUCAACCCAGAACUGCCUCAAGAUGUUUCUUAAAUUUCAGGUUUGGUAGCUUUAGCAACAAUUCAGUAAGCUAUAAAACUCUGAAGGCUCUGUGGUUCUAUGGGUUGUUUUCUCUGCAGCGGGAGAUUCAUCUGCAGCCAACAGCAGUAGGACACAGUUGGGAUAGUGUUUAGUCAUGUGGGAAUGCAGCGGAAGCUUCCUGCAGGUGCUGUGACCAGAAGUGUAGCUCGAAUAAAGCAUGCUCGCCCACCUUUAGUCGACCACACCUCAGUACCACAACGGCACGAUCACUUUUGGGGUUCACAAACUUUUUUCUCAUUUUUGUAAGCUUAAAAUGUUUGUAUUAAUAUCCUAAAAAUGAGCACUAUCCCUUCUCUUAGACUUGCUUCAUUUUAAUUUAUUUUAAGUUUUUCUUUUCCUCUUUUUCAUCGCUUUUGUUUCAAGACUUGAUUCUGCUGUUUUGGAGCACUCACAAGAAGCUUGCUAUUAUCUUUCAUCUGGUUAUUGUGUAUUGGCUCCCACAUCCCCUUGUUUUUGCCCUCAUGUUUUGCCCCCCCGGUAAGUUCCAUGAAAGGUUAAUACCUGACAGGAAUUGCCUGGUCAAAUGGUUAGAAACUGGUCUUCUUAUUUGCUUAUUGAAAAAAGUCUUAGUCUCCAAAUACAACAAAUACAUUAUUUAUCUCCACAGAAAGGUGUCAUCAUGUUUGAAUAUGUGUUGUCAGGAACAUGUGGAUCGAAAAGAGCCACUGCUUUGCUGCAGGUUUAGGACACUGUAGCAGAGAAUGAUGUGUGCACUCCUUGUUGGUUGUGUAUCUGCUCUUAAACUGGAUUUUCAUAUAUACACUGUACACUCUUGCCCAAUGCAAAGUUGUCAAGAAACUGUCACUGCUUUUUGGUUAUUUUUAGGCCAUUGCAAAAUAUGAAAGGUGCACUUUUAGUAAUGAUGGAAAUGUUCAUUUAGAAAAUUUAAAAACAAUUUUUUCUGAUUCACUUCUAAAUAGCAGAAAAGGAAGAUGACUCAGAUUAAAUGAAUGAUAUUGUACCAGAUAAAAUACUGUCCAUGUCAGGAUGACCUGACAUCCAUUUCCAGUGUUGAAAAAACACUCCCCUUGCCCUUGGUGUUUCUUAAUUAAAAACAAAAUUCAUGUGCUA